UCUGCUUUCAUGUGUUAGCUGCGCUCAUAUGUUUACUUCUGAUUGAAUUGUCGUCUAGUUUAUUUUUGCAGUUCAAGUGUGUUUAUAUGUUGUUAAUUUCCGUUUCGCUAUGAGAACGCUUAAGUUUAAGUUUACCGUGUUCGGUUACUGAUAGUGGCGAUAAGACUUCCUGCGGUUAUCUUGCGCUGUAAACAACGCAUGUAAACAAUCAGUGUUCAUCUUUAGUGUGGAAGUGUUUAUAUUAUUUCAGGCUUGUUUUGGAUAUUUACUGACACAGGGGACGAGAUGGAGCGGUAGACUGUAAACUUCAACAUGUCUCCAUCACGGGACUCGGUGGCUUUCACCAAGGGGUUACUCAAUGGUCCAGGACAGAACAACUGCUUUCUCAACAGCGCUGUCCAGGUGUUAUGGCACUUGGACAUCUUCAGACGCAGCUUCAGGGAGCUGUCCGGCCACUCAUGUAUGGCCGAGUCCUGUAUAUUCUGCGCCCUCAAGGAGCUGUUCUCUCAACUUCAGUUCAGUCAUGAGACGGCUCUUCCCCCCGACGCCCUCCGCCGAGCCCUGGCAGAGUCAUUUUUUGACCAGCAGCGCUUCCAACUGGGUUUCAUGGAUGAUGCUGCUGAAUGCUUUGAGAAUAUUCUGACGAGGAUUCACUACCACAUUGCCUGUGGUGAGUCGGAGGACAUGUGCAACGCCAGACACUGCAUCCCUCACCAGAAGUUUGCCAUGACUCUGGUAGAGCAGAGUGUAUGUGGAGCUUGUGGAGCAACCUCAGAACCUCUACCUUUCACUCAGAUGGUGCACUACGUGUCAGCGUCUGCCCUGACGUCCCAAGCCAAGCAGAUUCCCAGUCCGUCCCAUCCUGAUCUGUUUGGCCAGUUGCUCAAGAACGCUGGAGGAAUGGGAGACAUACGAGAUUGUCCUAGUGCAUGUGGAGCCAAGAUCCAGAUCCGAAGGACCCUGACCAACUGGCCAGAGAUAGUAUCUGUUGGUAUAGUCUGGGACAGUGAGAGACCCUCUCUGGAACAUAUCAUGUCAUUGCUGGACACCCUGCGCACCUCACUGCGGCUCAGUGACGUGUUCCACACUCCACACACCACACCCCCUCCCACAUCACCACACACCUCACACGAGCUGGUGGGGGUCGUCACCUACUACGGCAAACACUACUCAACCUUCUUCUUCCACACCAAGCUGAGACUGUGGAUAUACUUUGAUGAUGCCACAGUCAGGGAGGUCGGCCCCAGAUGGGAGCAGGUGGUGGAGAAGUGCCGCAGAGGCAGGUACCAGCCACUGCUGCUGUUGUUUGCAGUGCCAGAAGGUUCACCCAUCGACACAUCAGCAGCUCCCAAGGCUGUGACUCGUGUGACCAAACCUCAACUGACUGCUGUCACUACUCAACCUCUCCGUCGCUCUCUCACCCCCUCCCCUGAGAAACCUACAGGACUAGGACUGGCUACACAGCGCAGAGCUGUCACUCCCAACCCUGACCAGACCCAACAUGAGCCUACCCUCAAACCUAUGCGGCCGAUGCUGAAUGGCAAUGACUAUCAGAAUCUGAGCCAUCUGCAGGCUGCCAUGUUUGGAGAUACACCCCCGGAUUCCCCCAGGACCAAGAAUUUUCCCCACCCCCAGCUGGUGAGGCGGGACUCUGGUAACUGGAGUGGCGACCGCAACAGCGCGUCCUCGUCAUCAUCCACCUCACUGGAGAACCCCUACCACUACAUUGUUGGAAAAAUGCAUCUCAGAGGGAAGAUGCAGCCAGAUGGUCCGUGUGAUCAAGGGUACGACUCUUAUUCUCUCUCCUCCAAUGAUAGCCUUCCUCUGCAGCAGACUCUGAAGCACAACCUCCAGUUGGCUCAGAUACCUGAAGGGCAUCACUCGCCAAUAGGAGGACUGCAUGUCGGCCACUCACAGUAUGGCUCAAACAAGCCUUCUUGCACAGAUGACUGUGAGAGGUUGUGUGCUGAGGCGGAGGAGUUGCUGGGUCGCUCGGAAGCCGCUGAGGACCUCGUCACUGCUCUGUCUCUGUGUAAUGCAGCUGCAUACAAGGCCCGUGCGGCCAUGGACGCUCCCUACAGCAACCCUCAGACGGCCAGCGCGGCCCGUAUGAAACACAACACCUGCAUCAUGCGUGCACGCUCCUUGCACAAGAAACUGGAGGAACCCAACAAACAUCCAGAAGGAAGACACAGCAGGGAAGGCAGUGGCUGUAGCAACCGUGGCUCGACAGGAUCCCAUUCAAGACAGAACUCCAGAGAUAAAGGCAACCAUUCUCGCCAGAACAGCAGAGAGCUACUUGUUAAUACGAUGCCUCUAUCAUCUCAAUCCUCGAAGAACAUUCAACGCGAACCAUCAGUAAUAACUAUAGAGCGGCCUGCUCCGAAGAAUAUUGAAAUAUAUGCCACCCUGCCCAAGAGUAAGAAAGGUCUUCUUUCACGUGCCACAAAGACAAAAACAACUGUUGAAGAUGAAGAGUACCUCAUGUAUGAUCGCCCAGGGAGGAGCCUGUAUUCCAGUAGAUCGAAACUUAGUGGAAAGAAGGAUGGCGAAAAGCGAGCAAGAAGUGAAGAGAGGAACAAUAAGACAGCCAAGGAAAAAGAGUUUGUAUCUAACUCUUUGUCAAAGGAAGUCAAGAAACAAACAAAAGUUGAAGAGCCAAAACAGAACAAGAAACAACAUAAAAUAAGAAGGAAACUACUCAUGGGAGGUUUAAUUAAAAGGAAAAAUCGUAGCAUGCCUGACUUGAGAGAAGACGAGGUAUCUCCUAAAAAUGUGAUGAAAGAUGAUCCAAAAACAUUGACUAAGGACGAUUCAAGUGUAGGGUCGAAAACAGAAAAGACCAUGGGACUGAGUGGUUAUUUAUCAGAAGGACAUUUAGAGUUCUCAGGCAACCCAAAUCUCGAAAGAAGUAAGCUAAUGAGGAAAAGUUUCCAUGGAAGUAAAGUCCUUCAAAUGGCUAAGAUUCCUCCUCCUCCACCUUUGAGGACAACUUCUCAAUUAAGUAAGUCUGACAGACCUCCAUUUCCUCUCCCUUCUGAUGAUUCAAAACAAAAUCUUAAGAAUGAAAGAACUGGUGAAUGGUGCCGUGAACCUCAGUCACUACCAUACAUACCUGCCUCUUCAUAUAAUGAUACUAAAAAGAUAGAAUCAGUGACUUAUGCUAAUGGUGGUUAUCUUCUCCAAGGUUCCAAUCAGUCUAAUACAGUUGUUACAACUGCUCAGGUACACCAAGAACAAUCGCCAUUAGCAGCAAGGGAUGAAGUAGACAGUGGUGUACCUUGUGAUGCUAAUGGGUUUCCACUGCCUCCUUAUCCUUCUCCACUCAAUUCAGUGGCUCAUUCCCGCCAAGCCAGUGAAGAUUUCCCCCCACCACCACCGGAAGUCAUUACACAAGACGUAGAUCAAAGCUCUGUUAGACCUCCAUCCCCUGCAAGUUUGUUAGUCCAAGUUCAGCAAAAGAGACUUCAAAUAUUAGCUGAAAACGAGGCCAAAGCUGCAGCUGCUGCAGAGUCUUAUGAGGCUGCCAGAGCUGUUGGUGGUGAAACUUGGUUAAGAGAACUUCAAGCCAAACAAGCAGCUCUGAAAGGGAAGAAUGGCUACACUCAACAUAGUAAAUCUGAAAGUCCAGUAAGCAGUGGAUCACGAAUUUCCACCCCAACAAAAUCAAUUGAUUCUAUUCAACACUAUGAAUCAAGAGACCGAUUAACUCCACAAAAUGGUUUGAAUGAUGUUGCAGCAGGUAACCAGCAAAUGGCUUCAGUAAAAGAUUUAAAAUCAAGAUUUGAAAACAUAAAAAUUGGAAAAGAUUCCGAAACUGUUCAACAGCUAAUGAACAAAACCUCUCUAGAGAGCCCAAUCGAUUCUAUAUCAUAUGAUGCCCAGGUAAAUAAUAAUACAAUGAUAAACUCCUUGACAUAUGACUCUAGUUUGAUUACAGCGCAUAUGAAUGGAUUUGAUAUCAGUAGAGACAGUAGCCUAUGUAAAGAACUUGGAAAAGAUACAUCUUUGUCUAGUAGCAAUCAAAGUCUUUCCAAACAGCAUUUUGAUAACCAUGAACCUAGGAGAAAAUCUGGGAAAAAGAAAAAUGUAACGUUUUGUGAGCAAGUUGUGUUGGUAGCAACAGCUGACGAGGAUGAAAUCGACAGUUACAUACCAAAUCCUAUAUUGGAAAGAGUCCUUCGUUCUGUACUCCACAAAGAUACUCCUCAAGAAGUAAGAGAAACUACCAUUCAAUCAGUUAUUCCAUUGAAACGAAAUGAUUCUGCUAACUAUGGUCAAAGGAACCAUGAUCUUUCUGCACCUCUCGUUCAGAAGAACUGCCAUGAAUUAGUGCCUAAAAAUGCUUCCAUUUCAAAUUCAAACGACAAAUUGAACAACACAUCAAGUGCUGGGAUGAAUUCAGACCGCUUUACAUAUCAGGGAAACGUUCCUACUACUAUUUCAACACCCACUAUGAACGACAGUAAUAUGCAGUAUUCAGUAAAUAACAGCAGUAGCAAUGAACCUAACCAUUACGAUCAUCAUGCCAACGUAAGCAGGUUAAAUCAAGUUCAGCAACCAUCAGGAUUAAGGUCCGUGCAGCAGUCACCGGUUUUGUCUAGGCCAAUCAUGAGUCAGAUUCCAGGACCAAAAUCACCUACUCUUCAACAUUAUCAACACAAUAAUCACCAGACACAACAAAAUAAUCAUCCAAUAUAUCAACAACCUCCUCAAAACAAUCAGCAAAUUUAUCAUCAAAAUUUACAAACUAAUCAGAGCUAUUCCCCACAAUAUUCUGCCCAAGCUCAUCUAUCUCCAAGCUAUCAAAUGCAGUCAAGUCCUCAUUUGAAUCCCACUCAGUUUUCAUACCCUCCGAACCCACAAAUGAACCAAUCAGAGCAAUCUCAUAACGAACAUCGCUAUGUUGCAUCAGCUGAUUACCCUACAUUACAACAAUCAGCACAAACUCCUGUUUCUUCCCCCUAUCAACAGGUGCCUGUUAAUCAAAGUCAAUCGGUAAUGAACUCACCUUACCAACACGUCCCUCAUCUUCAAAAUAAUCCAAAUAGUAGUAGAUCUGCACAAACUGUAUCUCAAAUGUCUUUGCCCCAGAACGGCCUCCCACAGCAGUCGCCUAUGAUGAGUAGACAGUCGAAUCAUCAACAGUUUGCUAACAGUCACAGUCUUGACAAUAGAAAAGUGAGUGCACCAUUAAACACGCAGCAAUACAAAGAUAGCUCAGUUGCUCCUCAAGGGGAAAACCGCUACGUCCACCCUCCUUUCAAUCAAGUUCAAAAUGGAUCCUUAAGAAAUCAGUUCAAUAUGCCUGCUGAACAAAAUACAAGAUUUGUCAGCAACCCACCGGUUCACCAACACACCACAGUCAGAGCUAGGCCUCAAGCCAUGUACCAACAAGACUUGCCUCCACCAGAGUACCAGCAUCCACCACCUCCUAAAAAGGAAGGAUCCACGCCUUCUUCUAGGUCAGAAAUAUAUCAGAGGGUUCCCCAUCCAAACAAUUUUCAUGACCAGACUCAAGGUGCAUUGUCGCAGCAAAACUCCCAAGUACACGGGCACAGUCAACUAUCUCAAAAUCAUAUAAAUGGCCAAGGACAAGUAAACCCUGCAAUGGGAAAUCAGGUUUAUCAGUAUCCCCCCUACCACCCUCAACAACAAAACAACCAAAGUGUUUAUCAUCAUGUGCCUACUUCCAGUCACUCCCUGCAAACAAACCAUCAGCCUCAACUCAAUGGACAUUCACAACACCAGCAGACAAAUGGUUACCAAUUUCAACAACCCUUUUAUAGUCAAAACACACAAUCUCCAAAUUCUCAGUUAGCAAACAAUCAAUCUCAACAUCCUAACCAACAGUACAACACAGGAUCCACUACUAGGCAGUCUCCUUAUCAGCCACCUCCCCAUCCAAAGCAACUAGAGGCUGCUGGGAAGAUUCCUGACAGGACGAUUCAACCGUCUGGAGUUUCUCACUUGAGGAGCAAUCCUUGCAACUUAUGUCGUAAGAAACAAGUGCAACAUCCGGCCAUCUAUUGCACAGAUUGUGAUUUUUACAUGUCUAGGUUUAAACCCAAGUCAUAGUAGUGACCUAAUUUCUCAAAUAUAAAUCAGUACCUGAUAUUAUUAAAGAAAAUUAGAUAUCUUUGUAAAUUAUCUUUUGUUUCGUAAGCAUGUAAAAUUAGAAUUUUAUUUCCUUGGUUUAACAAAAAUGUAAUUAAUUAUGUAAAUGUACAUCUAUGAUAAGCUGGAUCUUCUGAUAAAUCUCAAUAAAUUUGUAAGAAUUAUUUCUGUGACAAUAUUAGAUUAUGACUAAUGAUGAGCUUGUGAUGUUGUUCAGUAUUACUGUUAUAGUUGGCAUUUUGUUUCUUAUUUAAGUGCCAAAUAUGUUGAUGCAUAUGUAAGAACAAGACAAGAUGGCUGUUAAAAUAUUUUGUUUGUAAAUUGUUAUGAGAUGAAUAUUAUAUGAUGUUAUAUAUAUAUAUUAUGUUUGUUACUUUGGAUGUUUAUUCAAGUGAUCUCAAACUGUUAGGUUUAUCAUAGGUAUUUAGUUGUCCUUUGCGAGCAAAGCGUAAUUUGUAAAUAGUUCAAUCCAACAGUACUUUGUUUUAAAAGUACUUUUGGAGUUUUUGUAAUAAAA